UCUCUCUCUCUCUCUCAGGUGUCCACAUUUACCAGAACAUGUACGGCUGUGAGUGGGAUGAUGAGACUCUUGAGGUCAGUGGUUAUGAUCAGUAUGGUUAUGAUGGAGAAGACUUCAUAGUAUUUGACCUGAAGACAGAGUCAUUCAUCGCUCCAAAACCACAGGCUGUCAUCACCAAACACAAGUGGGACAAUGACAAAGCUCAGAUAGCUCAGAGAAAACACUACCUGACCCAGCAUUGUCCUGAGUGGCUGAAGAAGUAUGUGAACUAUGGGAGGAGCUCUCUGCUGAGAACAGAGGUUCCCUCAGUGUCUCUCCUCCAGAAGUCUCCCUCCUCUCCAGUCAGCUGCCACGCUACAGGUUUCUACCCUGACAGAGUCUUGAUGUUCUGGAGGAAAGAUGGAGAGGAGCUUCAUGAGGACGUGGUCGUCGGAGAGAUCCUCCCCAACCACGAUGGAUCCUUCCAGAUGAGUGUUGACCUGGACCUUUCAUCAGUCCCAGCUGAAGACUGGAGGAGGUACGACUGUGUGUUUCAGCUCUCUGGUAUGAAGAAAGACAUCUUCACCAAACUGGACGAAGCAGUGAUCAGGACCAACAGAGGUUGGGACUAUUGUUGUUGUUUUCUGAUCAACAGAGAAGCCCACUGACAUGACCAUCCCCAUCAUCGCUGGAGUGGUUGUUCUGGUUCUCCUUCUCAUCGCUGUGAUCGCAUUCGUCAUUUA